AUGGCAGCCAUUCCUCCCACUACUUCAGCCAAUCUCCCAGAUGCUAGUGACGCUUCGCCUCUUCAGCCUCCUGAAAGAGAUUUGGGGAGGGCCAUCGCUACUGAUCGCGAACCUCAACUCCAGAGCAAUCAAUGUGGAAUGGAAAUGGGAACACUCAGUGGGAACACGGCCAAAUGUAGUACUUUAUCUUUAAACUCGGAGUCUUCGGAAUGGAACAUGAGCACCAAAAAAGAGUGGAUUGCAAUUGCUGCUUGUUGUUGGUCUGUUUUCUCGGUCGGGUGGAAUGAUGCCACUACUGGCCCCCUACUACCUGCUUUCCAAGCGCACUAUGGAGUGAACUUCACAGUUGUAUCUAUGCUCUUCGUAUCAAACUGCGUUGGAUUUCUCUCUGCUGCCGUAGUUAACAUUCGUCUGACUGACCAGUUGGGACUUGGGAAAAUUAUACUAUUCGGCGCUAUGCUCCAGGUGUUGGCGUACUCGCUUUUGGCUCCUGCUCUUCCAUUUCCUGUGAUGUGUGUCGCCUACGCGAUCAAUGGCUUUGGCGUUGGAUUUCAAGACGCACAGGCAAAUGGGUUUAUAGCAGGCCUGCCAAAGAAAUCAUCAGAGAAGAUGGGGUUAUUGCAUGCUGUUUAUGGCGCUGGAGCAUUUGUUUCGCCCCUGGUUGCAACACAAUUCGCCCAGUCGACGAGGCUUCGUAGGCAACAUGAAAUAACCGGCCAACCUGAUCCUAAGCUUGCCUAUUAUGCCGAGAAUGCCAAAAUUUCCGGUAAUGAUAAUAAGUACAAAGAGAUUUUUAGCUCCCGGGCCGUUCAAUUAAUGUCCUUCUUUAUCUGGGUUUAUGUCGGGCUUGAGGUCACAAUUGGCGGCUGGAUCGUCACUUUCAUUAUUGAUGAGCGUGGUGGCGGACCUUCUUCCGGAUACAUAUCCAGCGGUUUCUUUGGAGGCUUAAUGCUUGGACGUGUGGUCUUACUUUGGGUUAACAAAAAGAUUGGGGAACGUCGCGUUAUCUACGUCUACUGUAUUUUGUGCAUCGGGCUCGAACUAGUUGUAUGGCUCGUUCCCCAUCUUGUUGGAAACGCUGUCGCAGUCUCCAUGGUCGGGUUGCUUCUUGGUAAACCUAUGUAUCCAAUCGCAAUGAAUGUUACUAAUACGAUCGUCCCGAAGCGAAUCAUUACGGAGAGUAUUGGCUGGAUUGCAUCGUUUGGCCAAGCGGGAUCUGCAGUCUUCCCAUUCAUGACCGGCGCGCUAGCCGAAAAGCAUAGUGUCAAAGUAAUGCAGCCCUUGGUGGUCGGAAUGACCGGGGUACUUAUUGUGCUAUGGACGUUGAUCCCUAGACCCACGAACGGAAAAUAA